AUGAACCCGCAGGCCGGGGGCACGGGGAAAUACCCAGCGGCCUACACGACCGACAGCUCCCUCCCGAAGCACACCAUCUACGCGCCCAAGACAGUUCCGCAGGGGGUCAAGCUCCCCAUCAUGGUCUGGGGCAACGGCGCGUGCGCGGCCGACGGGCUCGCGUUCCGCGGCUUCCUGACAGAGGUGGCGUCGCACGGAUACGUCAUCAUCGCCAGCGGCGCGCCAAACGGGCAGGGGUCCACCACGUCGAAGCAGAUGCGCGACGCCAUCGACUGGAUCUCGGCCAGGGCCGGCACCGCCGGCACGCCGUACGCGGCCGUCGACAAGACAAAGGUGGCGGCGGCCGGCAUGAGCUGCGGCGGGGUCGAGGCGUACGACCAAAAGGACGACGCGCGCGUCGCGACGCUCGGCAUCUUCAACUCGGGCCUGCUGCAGAACACGGGCGCCGUGGCCACCAUCCGGAAGCCCGUCUUCUACUUCAUGGGCGGCACGUCGGACAUUGCGUAUCAGAACGCCGAGCGGGACUACAAGGGCCUCCCCGCCGGCACGCCCAGCUGGAAAGGGAACCUCCCGGUGGGCCAUGGGGGCACCUACAAUCAGGCCAACGGCGGCAAGUUCGGCAAGGCGGCCGUCCACUGGCUCAACUGGGUACUCAAGGGGGACGCCACGUCAGGGGCUUACUUCAAGACCUCGGCUGCUGCUGCCGAUGGAUUCACCGUGGAGAAAAAGAACCUUGACAAGCUGCCGGCGUAAUUGGUGGAGAAUCCCGGGAUCUAUGACGGGUCUGGUUCCUCCUUCUGGCUCAUCGUCAAGUGAACACCAUCUCCUUUUGUCUAGUUCGG